AUGAAUAAACAAGUGUGUAAAAGGUUCGAGAUUGUAUGGAGUGAUUUUAUCGAUAAUUUGGACAGUAGUGAAAAUUUUCAAUUUAAAAGCGAUGAAUGCCAAAAAAAAUAUUGUUCUAAUAAUAAUUGUGAUAAUAAUUUCGGAAAAAUUAAUGCUGUAUGUUUAUAUUUUUUUGAUGCAUUCUUUAAGGAUUCUUCUUUGUUUGAACAUGUUGCAAAAAGUAACAUCAAUAUUGUUGAAUACAUUAUGAUAUGGUUAAGUUAUAUGUUAAACUUAAUCAAAAAAGGAGAAAAUGACAGUCUAAACUAUUUUUAUGAAAUAUAUAUAAAGGGUGGUCAGAAUUAUAAUAAGGUUAUAAAUGGUGUUGAAUCGUAUUAUAAAAAUUAUAAGGAUCUUAUAGAUAGAAAAAAGUAUUUUUUAAGUAUGAAUAAGAGCAUUAUAUUUAAAUUUUAUGAAGCAUUUAAAUCAUUAUGUAGCUUGUAUAAUGAACUUGAUGAUGACAAUCAAAAUUGCAAGAAAUAUUUGGAUGAUAAUAAUGAUUUUUUUAAAAAAUACGAAGAACUUAAGAAAGAUUCUAGUAUUACUAUAGAUAAUUCCUAUAAGAAAUUAUUGUCUACUUUAUUAAAUGAUUAUAAUAAUUUAAAAAAUAAAUGCAACGGUACUUCAUCCGUUUCAUCGAUAGCAAGCAAAUUAUUCAUAGUUUUAUCGAUAUUUGGUGCAAUAGCAAUUUUUUUAGGAGUUUCUUAUAAGUAUUCGUUAUUUGGAUUUCGGAAACGAUUUCAAAAACAAAAAUUAAGAGACAAGCUAAAAAAUAUAAAGAAGAGAAUGAAUCAAUAA